AACACCCGGAGGACUUCCGGCCUGGAGUGUCCAUCCCAGUUCUGAUUUGCACAGGAAGAGGGGCAUAAAAAGCCACCCUUCCCCAUCCAACGGGACCUCCUGCCUCCCUGCAUCACGGCUGCAGCUGCUGGCCGGCGGGGCCAGAGAGGCAGAGCACAGAGGCAGCCCCAGCUGGGGAGGAGGAGGAGGAGGAGGGCAGGCCUCUUGUCAUGGAGCAGCAAAAACCAGCAGAGCUGCUGGUGGUGGUGGCGGUGGCGGCAGUGCUGGCAGCAGCCGGUGGGCUCCAGGCGAGUUGCUUGGGGAGACAGGGAGUGGCUCACUCCUCCUGGCCACCCCAGAAGGGCACCAUCAGCUGACCAGGACAUGGCAGCAGCUGCCUUUGGAAAUAAUCUGCUUCGGUUCAAUGACAAAUGACUGCUCGGGACGCAUCAGGUUUGCUCCCUGAACAGGCGCUUGCUGUGAGUCCCCAUACUUGCGACGCUGGAGGGGUGCGGGAGGGAAAAGGCCCAGAAGAGGAUAGGAAAUGAGGCGGGUCAGCUGCCUCCUCCUUACAGGCGCCCUCUCCAUCCUUGCCCUGACAGAUGCGGAACGUUUCUCCAGGCCAGGGCCCAGAGUGUGCUCCGUGGGGGUAAAAGGCCGCACAGUGUCCUCCCUUGCCUCCUACACCCAGCCCAUCUACCAGCCCUACCUUACCUUGUGCCCGGGGUACAGGCUUUGCAGCACGUACAGAACCAUCUACAGAAUUGCCCAGCGCCCGGUUUAUCGGAAACUGUCUCAGCCAGCCUACGCCUGCUGCCCUGGCUGGAGAUGGGCAAAUGGUCCCACCUGGCGUGGCUGUAAUAUAGCGAUCUGCCGGCCCCCUUGCCAAAACGGUGGCAGGUGUUUGUCCCCUAACAAGUGUUCCUGCCCUUCAGGAUGGAGCGGAAAGUGUUGCCAGACAGAUGUGGAUGAAUGCGCUGGAGGGAGGCACGGGUGCAACCAGGCUUGCCUCAACGUGGCUGGGAGUUAUCGCUGCACCUGUCGGCAAGGGUACAGACUCAGUGCAGAUGGGAAGACAUGUCAGACUGUGGGAACGCCCACAUAUCCCCAGCGCCCAGCUGGAACCUCCAGCCCAAUGGUGGAAGACGACGUGAAGGAGCUGAAAGGCAGAUUGGCAGCUCUGGAGGAAAAAUUUCAGCUCACGUUGGCGCCGUUCCUCACGCUGGACGUGCCAGGCGCAGAGGGCGCUGCCCACGACCCCAUCUCCCUGCUGGUUCUCUCAUUGCAGCAGCUGGACAGGAUUGACUCUCUCAGUGAGCAGAUCUCCUUUCUGGAAGAGCGCCUGGAGACGUGUUCCUGCAAGAAUGAAGGUUAAGGAAGAGAGUGGAAGGGGCAAAGGUCUCCCCCCCCCCCCCGCCAAGUGCAUCUGUCAUAGUAGCAGAUACCUGUCCUGGAACCAAAGUAAACUGAAGCCCUUCAGGUGCAGAAUUAAAGAAACUCAGGAUGCCACAUAGGAAGGGAACAGGCAUCAUUCGUCUCGUUCCUUAAAGGAGGAGCUUCUGGUGCUACACAGCGGCUCCCCCCCCUCCCCCCACUAUGGUACAGGAGAAGCCGCCUUCUACAGAGUCAGACGGUGGGCCCAUCUAGCUCAGUAUUCACUACACUGACUGGCAGCGGCUGCCUCUCCGGGGUUUUAGGCAGGGCACAUACCCAGCCCUGCUUGGAGAUGGUGUUGAACCCGGCACCUUCUGCAUGCAAAGCAGAUGUUCUGCCACUGAGCUACAGCCCUGAGGGCAGCCGGUUGCUUUUCAGGUUAACUGUGUAGAAAGAAAAAUAAUAAUCAUUAAUUCAAAACGCAGGGAUUGCCAACUUCUGGGGGUGCACAUGUCGACUGGCAAAACUGCCUGGGCAGUCCCCUUCUAGUGGCGACAACAUAUAACGCUUCUUUCAAGACAAAUUUCAGCAGAGCGCGCGCAUCCUCCAUCCAUCAGCAAAGGCCUCUGCCAGCUUAGGUACCAUGUUAAGGCCAAAGGCCUGCCUCUCUCUGUGCAUCUGAGGAGUUUUAUAUCAGGUCCGUAGCCAGGGUUUCUGCCCUCCCCUGGCUGUGGUAGCUGGUGCUGACCUUUUGUUAAAUGACCAUUUUGUCCAAGUCACAGGGAGAGAAAUCCAGGGCUGCUCAGUAUGGAACUGAAGCAAGUGUUUUCAACAGGCGGUGCAGUAUAGUGGUUAGAGCGCCAGACUGGGACCUGGAGGUUCAAAUCCCCAAUUGACCAUGAAGCUCACUUGGGUGAUCUUGGGGGGCCCAGUCACAGCCUCUCUCAGCCUAACCUACCUCACAGGGUUGUUCUGAGAAUAAAAUACUGAGUUUGAGCUCCUUGGAGGGAAGGUGGGAUAAAUAUAUUGUAAUAAUAAAAUAAAAUCAAGCUGAAUGCAGCCUUAAAAGCAGCAAUAGGGGGCAUCUGCUGCUUGACUACACCUCCCAGCAUGCCUGGCUGUGGCCCAUGCUGGCUGGGGCAGAUGGGAGGUGGAGCAACAGCUUCUGCAGGGAUACUAAAUACUCCUCCCCAUCCUUUAAAAACAAGUGUCCUGCCGGUUACUCCCCCCCCCCAUUGCAGACCUUGUUCUACAAUCUCCCUGUUCCUCUUGGGAAAAGGUGUCAAGUGCCAGCUUGCUUCCCUGGCCCUAAAACCCCCAUCUCUGCAACUGGGGGCAGAGACGAGAGGGUGAAGGCUGCGGUAUCUUGAAAGCAGUCUUCCCCAAACUGAUCGACCUCCAGCUCUUUUGGGUGAUGCUCACCCAUCGUUCCCCAACCAUUUGAGCUAUGCCACCUGGGACUAACGGGGGGCUGGCGCCAUCUGGAUGCACACAGGUUUCCUAGCCCUGCAUUACGCAACCCCCCCCAGAACCUAGCAGUGUCCAUUUUCCUCAGCAGACAGAUAGCCACAACAAGUGUGCACAAAAACUUUCCUUCCCUCUUUAGAAAAAAUGAAAUGGUCCAGAGAGAACUUAAUGGUACACAAUUGCUCGUUCUUCUGUAACAGGUGCAGAGACUCAAAGCCAGCAAAGCAGGUGUCUGGCCUAGUGCAAUGGGUCCUUUUUGUUUUUAAGGUUCCCCCCCCCCCCAAUAAAAUCAUGUCUAUCAAAA